UAGCCAUGACUGUUCCUUUGGCGUCCAGGCAGAUGCCAUGUGGGGGCGGGGACUUUCCAGACCUUACUAGGUGCCGGUAGAUUCGGGCAGUCAUAACUAAAUGAUCACAUAAAUAUGGAUGCUGCAAGGUUCUUAUUUGUUAUUUUGGUGUUUGAGAUUUUCGAGUUUGGUUUCAGCGAGUCAGAUGCGAGGUGGAAGACCUACAUUAAUAAAAUCACUGAAGGUGUUCAGAGCUGUCAGCCCUGUGAACAACACAACUGUAGCUGCUAUUACAGAGUUUUGGAGAAUGACCUCUUGCCUUUCCAAGGGGGGGUCUCUCAGGCUCUGCUUUGGGACACUGUUAAUCGCGGGGUUGGUACACACUAUCAAGUCAUCAUGAACAAACUGUACCGGGAGGGUAACUGCAUGUUUCCAGCCAGGUGUAGCGGAGUGGAGCACUUUAUUUUGGAGGUGAUUGACAGGUUGCCUGAUACAGAGCUUGUGAUCAAUGUCCGGGAUUAUCCGCAAGUGCCCAGAUUGAUGAAGCCGAUCCAGCCAGUCUUCUCUUUUAGCAAGACAUCUGAAUACCAAGAUAUCAUGUAUCCAGCAUGGACGUUUUGGGAAGGAGGCCCCGCAGUGUGGCCGAUCUACCCCACUGGUUUAGGACGCUGGGAUCUCAUGAGAGAUGAUCUAGAAAAAUCUGCAAGAAAUUGGCCUUGGGGGAAGAAGCUCCCCAAGGGAUUUUUCAGAGGAUCAAGAACUAGUGCAGAGAGAGACCCCCUUAUUCUGUUAUCGAGAGAAAAUCCAGAACUGGUGGAUGCUGAGUACACUAAAAACCAAGCCUGGAAGUCAGACAAGGAUACGCUUGGAAGGCCUCCAACCAAAGAAGUCCCGUUAGUAGACCACUGCAAAUACAAGUACCUGUUUAAUUUCCGAGGUGUGGCUGCCAGUUUCCGGUUGAAACAUCUCUUUCUGUGUGGCUCGCUGGUUUUCCACGUGGGAGAGGAGUGGCUUGAAUUCUUUUACCCACAGCUGAAACCGUGGAUCCAUUACAUACCUGUGAAACAAGAUCUUUCUGAUCUCGGGGAGCUGCUCCAGUUUGUAAAAGAAAAUGAUACCAUUGCACAGGAAAUAGCCAAGAGGGGGCACCAAUUUAUAUUAGAUCAUUUACGAGUAGAGGAUGUUACUUGCUAUUGGGAGAGACUGCUGACAGAAUACUCCAAACUCCUCACAUAUCAACCGAAAAAGAAGAAUAACUACAUCCAGAUCACGCGAAAACAGGGAAAAACAGAACUGUGAUCUUGUUCAAGAGCUUUUUUUUAAUGUUAUACAGAAGUGAUUGUUCUAUUCUCUAGCAUUUUAAUUUUUUUUGUAGGAUUCACAUUGACCAUUUCUUAGCUUUUUUCUUUAAGCUUAAGGUGAUGUCUGACUGCAAAGAGGUAUUAGUUGUGACUGGCUUUAAUUGAUUCUUCUGUCAAAUUGUCAUUGCUGUGCAGUGGAACUAACUUAAGUAUACCAUGGCUUAAAUUUGUGAAUUUUCUGAAAAAAAAGUAAAUGCACAUUGCACAAUCUAUUGAUUGCAGACUAGCCAGUUUGGAUUUUCGCUGGCAGGUUCGUACACACACUAACACUACUGUGAAGCUGAAAUGUAGUACAGUCAAACCUCCACCUUUAUUUAGCGACCACCUGGUCUAAGCGACCACUUUAAAUUCCUCCCAAUUAUAUUUGUGCUUUUAUUUAACUGUAUUAAGCGACCACCUGUCUAACAAGACCAGCGACCACAAUUCUCUUACCCACCAAUGGACUCAAACCUGUAUUAAGCACCCUUACACAGGGCUAUUGUUAUAAGAAAAUAUGGUUUUAAUGGUACGUCCUAAAUUCAAAGGAAUACGGUAACCAUUUUAGCGGGUUUUUUUAUUUUUAUUUUUAUCUGUAAUCAAUAAAACAACAACGCUCUCUUGUAAAGGAAGAGAAAACGUGGAGAAACACAAGGGCCUCCCUAGAUAACAGAAUUAGUUAUUAAACUUAUAAAGACAGUAAGUGCCAGAAAAACUGCUGAACAAUUUGGCACUAGAAAAACGCAGAUACAGCAUUUUGAAGGAAAGAACUAGGGCUUGAAGUUUUAGGUUUUUAUUUUUGUUCACGUGACCGUGUUUUGAGCCAAUUCAAUAUCUUAAUUAAACUGUUAAUUACUAAACAAA